AUGAUUAGAAGUCAUAUGCGAAGAUUCAGACACAAUGCAGCUACGUCCCUGCUGAGACACACCAGGUUAUACUCGCAAGCCAGCGGCAAGAUUCUCGAUGCAUCAUUUACCGAUGAGUCCACCACUGUUACAUUUUUGCAUGAAUCCAUGGUUCAGCCUAAUGAUUCGGUCCCCACAUCAUUGGAUGCGACACCAGACACACAAGAUAAGAUUAGGCCAUUCACAGUAUGUUUCAAUAAUAUAUUCUUGAGGGAUGCAUCGAAAUCUCCAAAAACAGUGGACCCUGUUUCAGGUCAAAGACUAGUAACAACAGCUGAGCUUCUGGAUGAACAUAACGGUAGAAGGGCCACUGUUCCUAGAUCUGUCAACAUUUCUGAGGAUGGUAAGAGACUGGUAGUUGAUUGGAGCGAUGGCGAUAGCUAUGCCUAUGAUCUCGAUUUUUUCUUCAAGUAUAAAGGUUCCUCUUUCUUGACUAAAUCUAUUAGAAAUCAAAUGUCGAAGCACAAGAGAGUCUUUUGGAACAGAGAUCUACUAAAUAGCAAGAUAGAUAAGAACAGAGAUGGCUCAUUUUUCUCUUUUGACCAGGUGAUGAAUGAUGAUAAGCUCUUGUACAGGACACUGGUAAAUUUGCAACAAUUCGGUAUUACGUUUAUAUCUGGAAUGCCAACAAUCAGAGAUGAAACUGAUGCAAAUGAUGCAAAUAUAUAUAUGGUCAGAAACCUGUGUGAAAGAAUAGGACCAUUGAGGAAGACAUUUUAUGGUGAAGUAUUUGAUAUAACCAACCAAAACUUGAAAGAUUAUGAUCAGGAUUUGCCUCCACCACAUGACUACAAUAUUCCAUUCGAAAACAUAGCAUCUCCAUUGCACAUGGACUUACAAUUUCUGGAAAACGUUCCGGGGUUCAAAAUCUUACAUGCUUUGAAAAAUGAAUCCGAGAAUGAUACAAAUAUAUUUGUUGACUCUCUUUACGCGGCCAGAAAUAUUCGUGAAACAGAUAACGAAGCCUACGAGGCUCUACAACAUGUUCCAAUCAAUUAUACCUUCAAGAACAAAAACAAGAGAUAUUACCAAUCGAAGCCACUUGUAGAAGAAUAUGAGAGUAAUGAGCAUAAUACGUUGAUCGGCAAUUAUGAAUACCUAGUCAAGUGUGUAAACUACUCUCCACCAUUCCAAGCCCCAUUCACUUAUGGUAUCUACAACAAAUUGACAAACGUACCAAAGAUCGAGGGAAUAGAAGAUCCAUUGACCACCUCUCCAGGUAAAGUCACUGAAAGAUUAGUUUUCAGAGACUUCCUAAGAGGUUUACAACAGUUUGAGAAGAUGGUAUAUGACCACGAAAACCAGCUAAGAAUAAACUUACCUGAAAAUACCGCGGUUAUCUACAACAAUAGAAGAAUACUGCAUACCAGGACCAAUCAUAACACAAGGCAAUCAGACCUUGUUUGGUUCAAGUCAUGCUACUUCGAUCUGGACACUUUCAAAAGUAAAUUGAAAUUCCUAGAGGAAGCAUUUGAGAAAUCCAAGUGA